AUGGCCGAAAACAGCAUCACGAGUGUCUCAAAGGAGGACUUAAAGGGUCUGAACUUUCUUAAGACAGUCGAUUUGAGCAACAACCAGCUAACAGACGGUGGACUUCCAGCAGGCACGUUUGAAAACCUUCCUUCGUUCAGUGACCUUGACCUUUCCUACAACGAGAAGUUCGACAACUUUCCUACCCACCUGCCCGGAAAUCUGAAGACGUUCUCAUUCGUGUUCAACAAGGCCACGCACGUGACAGAAAGAACUUUCAGCAACCUGACAGAACUUGUACAUCUUGACAUCUCCAACAACCAACUAGAGAGUAUCGCCCCGGGGGGCUUCAAGGACCUACGCAAUCUGGGAACUCUCGACAUAGGAUUCAAUCCGAUCAGACAAGACGGCAUCCCUGCCAGCGUCUUCAAGCCGGCAAACCGACUCCAGACUCUCGGGCUGCGGUCGGCCCAGCUGCCGCGGGUGCCUCUGGACCUGCCCGGAAGCCUGCAGGAUCUGGAUCUCGCGCUGAACCUGAUCACAGAAUUGCCGCCUCACAUUUUCUCCAACCUGACGGACCUGCAGUAUCUCUCCCUCUGGCUGCAGCCAUCCUUAACCCGUAUCCAUGACGACGCCUUCCGAGGGCUCGGCAAACUGCAGGUAUUGUAUGCCAACUCCUGCGGCGUGGAUAGCGUCACAAACAGCACGUUUAACGGAUUGAGCGGGGUCAGGAGUGUGGACCUGGGGAGCGGGAAGAUCACACACCUCCCCGCCGGGGCCUUCCAUCAGAUGGGCAACCUGAAGUCACUAAGGUUGGAGCAGAAUCAGCUCACCACUCUGGAAGCAUCUGUUCUGGAUACAAGGACCUUACCGAGGUUGUCUGAAGUCCAGCUUUGGGGAAACCCGUGGACGUGUGACUGUCACCUCCGCUGGCUGAAGGAACACGUCGAUAACAACAACACGGCUCCUACAGUCAGCUACCCAUACCUCAUGACAUGCAGCGCACCGCUCAGACUGCAGGGUCGGGCCUGGGACGCGCUCACUCCCGACGACUUCGUGUGCGGCGAUCGGCACUUAAAAACAGUCAACAGAACUUCAUAACUGCUGUACAACCUGUGGAAGUUCGCUGCAUCUAUAACUUUCAUCCUGAUCUAGAUUCAACAGAUAUCAUUAACUUAGGGUAAGUUAACUCUGAUCAUGAAAGGGAUUUGAUUAGUUCUUACAAGUAAAAUUCUUUAAGUUCAGAAGAAAAAGACCAACGCUGUACCCAACAGAAAGCAAAGGCUUACUCUUGUCGUCGACGUCAAUUGUAUUGAAUUUCUGUAUAAGUCACGGUUACAAACUCUUUCCAGCGCAGGUAAACGCUGCAAUAAUAUCAUAGCUCGCCAAGUGAUGCUGUUCCACUGCCACCUACCCCAAGAAGUCGAUUUCAAACAGGAGACAGCGCGGGGACAAAACGAGGGCAUGUCACAUCGGCAAUGUCGAUCAAGUAGGCUCUUAUUUUGGAGAAACUAUAUCACUGACAUGCACCUCUGUAUCAGUAUAUCUGUAUCUGUAUCAGUAUAGCCGGUAUAACACACCAGCUAAAUCACCACACUUCAUCUGUUUUUGCUAUGCUGUUGUACAACUUUACCCCCUUGUAUUGAGAGACGAUAUGAUGUCACCCGUUCUCUCUAGACGUGUUUAAAUAAAUGUAGUUAAUGUAAAGUAAUCAUCCUAGAAUAAAACCGCAUGAAAGUCUUAUUUCA